GUCAGAUUCCGUUCUUUCAUAUUCACAAUGACCCCGUCGAUGAAUGAACGCGUACUGCAAAGGAGAAAACUCCUUAACACUGCGAAGUUGCCCGAGCGUAGAUGCCACAUGCGCCCCACCUCGCGGAGCGAUGAUUCCAUGGUAACCGGGGUGGGUUCGCAGACCACAACAGACGACGUUCGUUCGUUCAGUCGAAUAGACUGUGAGACUUGAGAAGAGAGUGUUCUAUCUUUGCCGGUGUGAUUUCUCGCUUUUUUUCGCAUACUUGUGUAUUGUGUUCAAUUACGUCUAGUUCGAUAAAAUAUUUUUAAAGGUUCAUCAUACCGGUGGAAUCUCUAACGCGCACGAAAGCAAAGUGGAACGCAAACAAAACAAUAGAACAAUAUCUAUCCUACGGUUGUUGGAAAAGAGAAACUUCAUUGUCAAGUGUUGGGGUCGCAUUCGUGGCCCAGACAUCAGCAGAGGUGGCGUGGGGGACGGCAGUGAUGGAAUUGCAGAGCUGGCUGCUCUAUCAUCUUGUAGCUGUAACCGACUGCAAUCAAGUUACUUUUGCCUGAGUUUCGACCGUGCUCACAGAACACUUCUUUAUUUCAUUCACAAUCCCGUUAUCGCCUAGAGGAAACAGCGGUCUACCAAUGUUUGAUGUGAUGCAGUCGGCGACUACAUUGAACGGCGGAUCUUAUCCCGCCGGGGGCACCGGAAGCCGCGCUCGUGAUUUAGGUCUUCGUGCGCAAAAAAAACUCCUCGGCAGAGUCGUAUCUACAGGGGCCGGAAGAUCAUUGCUGAUAGAUGACGCCACUACGUCACUUUUGGACAAUCUGUAUAAGCUUAUGGAAAGAGCCGCGAAAACCAAUUCUAAUUUAGACAAGAAACAGCCUGAAAAGGUUUUAAAGAAUAUCGUUAAAUUAUCCAUUAAGGUGGGUCUCCUACAACGUAAUCAACAAUUAAACGCCACCGACGACGCGAAACUCGUGGAAAUAAGAACUGCCCUUAGAGCUGUUGCAAUGUCUGUGGUCUCGUUUUACGAAUUGGAGUUCAGUUUCGAUCGGGCGUACUUAAUCAAAUCGUUAGAACGAUGCAGAACUGCGAUACAGGCACUCAUAAAGCCACAUCUCACAGACAAGUCUCAAGAUCGGUGUGAUCAAGUGUUCGAUUUCUUAACGCAUUCCGACUUCUUGGACUCCGUUUUUAGACAGGAUUCGGAACACAGAUCUAUCCUCGGGAUGCUAGUUAGUGAUAUAAAUAAGGCCUUAGAUGCUGGGCAUCUUUGAUUCCUUUUUAAACAUGACCUCUUGACCAACGAGGAGCAUGAACGAAAAUUACCAAGAUAAUUAAGGGAGGAUAAUAACUCUUCUCCCUGAU